AGUGCACCAGGCCCGCUGCGCACCCGGCUCCGCUCCCUGCCGAGCUGGCCGCCCGCCCCGGCCUCCGCCUGUGGAUGGAGUGGGAGGCGCUAGAAGCCACUUAGCUACAGCCUGGCGCCCGAUGCGGCGCUCCAUCGCUGCCCCCGCCACCGAAGCGCCCGCGAGGCACAAUGCAGCACUGAGGCAGCGGCGGCUGCGGCAGCGGCGCGGGCCGGGAAGGAGCGGCGGGGAGCCGGAGCCCGUGGCCGGGACACGAGCAGCUGAGCGCCGCCACCAUGCAGGCAGCGGCGGCUGCGUCCUUCUGGCUGCUCUGCGUCUUAGGGACCUGCCCCCUGGCGUGCUGCGGUCCGGCAGGAGACGCCUCGCUGAGGGAGCUGGAGAGGAGGAACGAAAACCGCUUCCUGGAGCGCCAGAGCAUCGUGCCACUGCGCCUCAUCUACCGCUUGGGCGGCGAGGACGAAACUUGGCACGACCGGCUCAACACACGGGUGCGGGGCCACCCUGGCGGCCGGCAGUUGACUCAUGUGGACAAGGCAAGCUUCCAGGUGGAUGCCUUUGGAACCUCGUUCAUUCUUGAUGUCCGGCUAAACCAUGAGUUGCUGUCCUCUGGUUAUGUAGAAAGACACAUUGAACGUGGAGGCAAGGUCGUGGAAAACAAAGGAGGAGAACACUGUUACUACCAGGGCCAGAUCCGAGGAAGCCCUGGUUCAUUUGUUGCCCUGUCCACAUGCCAUGGACUCCAUGGGAUGUUCUUUGACGGGAACCACACAUAUCUCAUCGAGCCCGAAGAAAACGAGACCUCCCACGAGGGGUCUCAGUUUCACUCGGUUUACAAAUCCAGACUGUUUGAAUUUCCCUUGGAUGAUCUCCCGUCUGAAUUUCAACAAGUAAAUAUUACUCCACCAAAAUUUAUUUUGAAGCCAAGACUAAAGCGGAGUAAGCGACAGCUUCUUCGAUUUCCCCGUAAUGUAGAGGAGGAAACCAAAUACAUCGAACUUAUGAUUGUGAAUGAUCAUAUCAUGUUCAAAAAGCAUCGGCUUUCUGUUGUACACACAAAUACCUACGCAAAGUCUGUGGUGAACAUGGCGGAUAUGAUCUAUAAAGACCAACUUAAGACUAGGAUAGUAUUGGUCGCCAUGGAAACCUGGGCUGCUGACAACAAGUUUGCCAUCUCUGAGAACCCGCUGGUCACCCUGCGCGAGUUUAUGAAGUACAGGAGGGAUUUUAUCAAAGAGAAGAGUGACGCGGUUCAUCUUUUCUCGGGAAGUCAAUUUGAGAGUAGCCGGAGCGGCGCAGCUUAUAUUGGUGGGAUUUGCUCGCUGCUGAGAGGAGGAGGCGUGAAUGAAUUUGGAAAAACCGAUUUGAUGGCAGUCACACUUGCUCAGUCAUUAGCACACAAUAUUGGUAUCAUCUCAGACAAGAGAAAAUUAGCAAGCGGUGAGUGUAAAUGUGAGGACACGUGGUCUGGAUGUGUAAUGGGAGACACAGGAUACUAUCUCCCUAAGAAGUUCUCUCCGUGCAGCAUUGAGGAGUAUCACGACUUCCUGAAUAGUGGUGGUGGCGCCUGCCUCUUCAACAAGCCUUCUAAGCUUCUCGAGCCUCCUGAGUGUGGAAAUGGCUUCAUUGAAACCGGGGAAGAGUGUGACUGUGGCACCACUGCGGAAUGUGCCCUUGAAGGGGCAGAGUGCUGUAAGAAGUGCACCUUGACCCAGGAUUCUCAAUGCAGUGAUGGUCUCUGUUGUAAAAAGUGCAAGUUUCAGCCUUUGGGGACUGUGUGCCGAGAAGCAGUCAAUGAUUGUGAUAUUCGUGAAAUAUGUUCAGGAAAUUCAAGCCAGUGUGCUCCCAAUGUACAUAAAAUGGAUGGAUAUUCCUGUGACAAUACUCAGGGAAUUUGCUUUGGAGGAAGGUGUAAAACCAGAGAUAGACAAUGCAAAUACAUCUGGGGGCAAAAGGUAACGGCAUCAGACAAGUACUGCUAUGAGAAGCUGAACAUCGAGGGGACGGAGAAGGGUAACUGUGGAAAAGACAAAGACACCUGGAUACAGUGCAACAAACGGGAUGUACUUUGUGGUUACCUUUUAUGCACCAAUAUUGGCAAUAUCCCAAGGCUUGGAGAACUCGAUGGUGAAAUCACAUCUACAUUAGUUGUGCAACAAGGAAGAACAUUAAACUGCAGUGGUGGGCAUGUUAAGCUUGAAGAAGAUGUUGACCUUGGCUACGUGGAGGACGGGACGCCCUGCGGCCCUCAGAUGAUGUGUCUGGAGCAUAGGUGUCUUUCUGUGGCCUCCUUCAACUUCAGCACUUGCUUGAGCAGUAAAGCAGGCACCGUUUGCUCGGGAAACGGGGUUUGCAGCAAUGAGCUCAAGUGCGUGUGCAACAGGCACUGGACAGGUGCCGACUGCAGCACCCACUUUCCUCACAAUGACGAUGCAAAGACUGGCAUCACCCUGUCUGGCAACGGUGUUGCUGGCACUAAUAUCAUAAUAGGAAUAAUUGCUGGCACCAUUUUAGUGCUGGCCCUCAUUUUAGGAAUAACUGCCUGGGGUUAUAAAAACUAUCGAGAACAGAGGUCAAACGGGCUCUCUCAUUCCUGGAGUGAAAGGAUUCCAGACACAAAACAUAUUUCAGACAUCUGUGAAAAUGGCAGACCUCGAAGUAACUCCUGGCAAGGUAACCUGGGAGGCAACAAAAAGAAAAUCAGAGGCAAAAGAUUUAGACCUCGAUCUAAUUCAACUGAGAGGGAGCCCCAAGCUCCUGAGCCUGGGCACUCCCUCGCCCAGACAAUCCCAUCCCAAGGCAUAAGCCCAGGGGGCUCUGCCAGCCCCCAGACAGGGAGUCGGGAUCACAGGUAUUUAAACCCAUGGUUCAAAAGAGACUAUAAUGUAGCUAAGUGGGUAGAAGAUGUGAAUAAAAACACUGAAGGACCCUACUUUAGCUCCCAAGAUGGCCAACAGCAAGAAGACAGGACCCUGUCUCCUGCCAAGUCUCCUUCUUCAUCCACUGGGUCUAUUGCCUCCAGCAGAAAAUACCCGUACCCGAUGCCUCCGCUUCCUGAUGAGGAGAAGACAGUGAACCGACAGAGUGCCAGGCUAUGGGAGACAUCCAUUUAAGAACAACUGUUUACAUGUGUCACAUCGAAACUGUUUACUUCAACUUUUAUAGGAACCCAGCCACCCAGACUCACUGCAAUCUGUCUGCUCUUCAGAUGCUUUGAAGGCCCUCUGAGAUGCCAGAGGAGAGGAAGCCACGGCUCAUACCUGAAUGGCAUUUCCUUUUUGUCAUCGGCAUAAGGUUUAGCCAAACAGUAAAGAACUCCUGAAAUGUCACACUAUGACACGGAACCACUUAUGGUCUGGUAUUGGUAUGUUAAUGGAUAAUCUGCAUGACAGAUAUAUGUAGAAUAUCAAUAAAAUUAACUCACAUGACCCAAAUGUCGCAGGUUUUCCUGAGGGACCGAAGUGGAUUCAGAACUGGGCAUUCUGAAACACAUCCUCAUUGCAAGCAGUAAUGCCAUAUGCAUGAAGCUUCUGUUUAUUGUUUUCCAUAGACAAGGAAACAACAUCCCAUAAUAGAACUAGCAUGCAGGGCUGAGGCAUAUAGGACUUUUAUGCAGGUUGCAGGACUGUAAUGCUUUGAAAGGCCAAUACCCAUAUGCUAACUUUAAACAUGUAUUUUUAUUUUUUUUUACUUUUCAUAUUUAUACUAGCAUACAAGGACAACUGUACAUAUGUAAACAUUUUUAAAUUUAAAAAGUAACUGUUACAUAUAAGUGUAUUUUGCCAAAUGCCUAAAAACAGUCAGUCACGACUCUAUCAUUGUCCUUCAUCCUGCGGUCUUCAGAGUGUCAGUGGACGGUGUUGUGAAUAUAGUGGUCAAUGCUGUAAAAGUAUCUUUCUGUAACUGGCAUUCGUCUAAAGUGUGUGACUUCCCUUUCAAGUGCGUACAGUCUGGAGGAGGUUUUGUUGAGUAAGUGAUCAAAAUGCUCAGACAAACGUCCGGCCUUUGCAUCUCACUGAAGGUGGAGUCCAGAUGUGUGGUAGCCGUGCAGCCUCAGGACACCCUGGAGCUGGCAGGUUCUCUCAGAAUCUGCCAGCUUGUCUAUCCAUGUCUAAGAUGCAUGGUUCCUGUCACAGUACCUGUUCUCGCUUAGUACCAGGACACAUCAGCUAAUCUUACCUGGAAGCCAUGGAGUGCCUCCCCUCCAGAAGGUUCUUGCUGAGACGGAUUGGAUGCACGAAAGACACAGACCACUGAGUGGCUAGCUCCCAUCUGGCCAAUACCUGAGCCCUUUCGGGCCUGAAGUUUGGGUUUCUUAACAAAAUCCUUGCAGCCAUUAUUACCCGUGGAAGGAGUGAUCUGUUUUCACAACUUUAAUGCAUUUCUCAUCACUGGGAUGUAAGUCCCCGCAGGCCGUUCUGGCUGACUUUGAAGAAGAUGGUGGAUAGAAGACUCAACAAGGCAUAUAAGUUUAAAUGAAGUCUAAGGCUACGUAGAUGCAGUAGCUGCAAAGGUAACCAUCAGCCUGCAGGGAGAAGAGCCACCAGGGGUUUUGAUCCUUUAAAAAAACGAGUAUUCUAUGUGAAAUCUUGUCAUUUAAAAUGAAAAGUUAAUAGCUUUUCUAAUGCAGUUUUACCACUCAAAUUUGAUAGCUCAGUCACAUGCUCUGCUGUGGAAUACACUUCUGACCCCGCCCCCAUCCUUGCUGCUGUAUAUGAGGAUGGGGCUAUCAGACCAGACCUCAGGAAUGUGCUCUACAUUUGGUUUCUUCCACAAGUGUCCAGGGACACAAUUUGUCUCACCUCCGUGUGGAUAUUCUUAGAUGCCCAAACUGAAGAGCCAGAUUAGAAGGCAGUGGUAUAACUCAGUUCAUGUCUUUUGUAAUGGUCCACUCUUCAGAAACACUUUGAAGAUGUUAGAAAACCAAGUUAAUCAGACAAAAUUAUACAGUAAAAACAGCGUUUAUCACGACAGGAAAGGAUGGAGUUUGCUGAUGGCUCACUAAGACAGCCUCAGACAAAGGCGUGGAUGAGUUGAGCAAUGUCUCCACUGAGCUUCAGGCUAGGACAGAAGGGCAGGCAGAUGACCGAGGAAAAGAUGUAGCAAAUGAAGUGGCUUUUGAACAAGAUCAUGUCAAAUGUGCACUGAGUGUUUUCUGGCAUUGCGUAUAUAGAAGGCUAGUGUAAUAUAAGGUUUAUUUUGGCUACAAGAGAAGAGUUUAUACCUUUGAAUGAAGAUGCCUCGUGUAAAUAUGCUUUGUAUUAGAGUUAGUUACAUAAACCCUGGCUUGGGAAUUCACAAGUGGCUAGCUAGUGAGCUGGUUAUCUGUCUCCCCACCUGUCUUUCCUCAUCAAUAUUUUUUUCCUGAAGUUAUUAUUGAAAAUUACAAUCAUUAUCACGUGCCUUUUGGGAAAGACGGCUGCUUUCGUUUGUAAUCCCCUUAUGUAAUGGGAUGAAAAGGAUUUUCUUGACUUGCAGAGUGAUUUUAGGAAUAUAAGAGCUUUAAUGUUUUCAUCAAGGUAUCUGUCUCCCAUGUUUAAGCAUUCUUAGAAUUGUUUCUGGAAUUAACACGCUUUAGUGUUGACGACUAGCUUCAGGAAGUAUGUAUCAGUGCACUCGCCAAUAUUGGUGGUGUAGAUCGUUCCAUCCGACUAUGUAUGACUUCCUUCACUGACGUAGACAGAGUAGACUCAUGGAACCAAGGACAAGCACAAUGAUUAUUUCAUUUUUAAAUGUCUAUUUUGAAGGGGAACUUUGAAGCUUGGUAGUUUGAGUCACACAACUAACAUCCACACUUCCCAGUGUGCUGUGGGGUCAUUAGUCCAUGAAUAGGGGCAGUAAUGUGUUUGUUGGUUGCCGUUUCUCUUUCUAGUACUCUUGGCAUCAGUAGGACUGCAGAUAGCCCGAAGGUCUGGGAUGUUCUCUAUUAUCAUAAAGGAACGUUUAAGUCUUCCCAGUGUGUGUUCAGGGAAGGCCUGCAGUAACAGAGAAUCCUUAAGGAACAGACUGGCCAAACCAACACUUCCCAGCUACGUUCCUUAGGUGGGAAACCUUCCUCCAGCAUCAGCCAGAUAGAAAAUGACUGCAGUACAUGCAGUCUGCAGAAAGGGGAAGAUAGGCGCUCCUUGGACGGGCAGCACACCAUUCUCAGUGUUCUGCAGUGGCUGAACCAUACAUCCCAGCCCCUCACUUAGAUGCUAAAUGAGGAACAACACAUCUUUGGGUUCCUUAACAGAAGCAUUGCCUGGGGUCGAGAUGCCUUCUGAGUGCUGUAACCUGGGCGCUUUAUUUUGUUAAGCAGUUUCUUUUCUUCGUGUUUCACACAGUUUUUAAAAUACUGUUUGCACAGAACAUCAGCCCCACAUAGAAUUUACGUAUGAAAGAUUGAUGGUGUGUCUCAAAGCAGUCACAGUAAUGAGAGAAUUAAAUAUUCUCUGUCUUCCCAGGGUGUGGGUGGGAGGCUGCGGUGUGUUCCAGGACAGAUCCACAUGGCUUCUUCUGCUAUCCUUACAUAUCUGCAUGAUUUCUUCCUGCCCGUUACCCUCUGCCUCUGGAGUUACUUUACCUGUUGUCCUUUGCUAUUUUUUCAUGGUUUACCUUUGAGCCAGGGAAAGUAUACCAUUUCUCCUCUCUUCUUCCAGGAUUCCAGCCAGGUUCGUUCAUUUAUUCAUUUCAUCCUGCCAUUUUCUAUGGUCAUAUAGUUCUAUCUUAACCUUAAAUUUAGACAGUCCUUUAGAUAUGCCCCUGUUUUUCAAUAUAAUAAUUGCCUAUUUAAAGGUAAGAUUAUUUUUAUGUUACUUAAAUGUAAAGGGAAAGAAGGCUGUCUGGUAGUUACUGUCUGCAGGAGGAGGAGAAUAAAGUUUGGAACUGAUGGGAAUAAGGAGGAGGCAGGACCCCUGACCCCUGUCUGCACAGCCAGAUGACACCACUGUCACCUGUACCCCACCUCCUCCCCUGACAAUAUAUAGUCAAGAUAAAUUUUUCAUUCUUAUUUUACUAGCUUUGUAUGAAAAGCUGCCGUUUCUGUGGAAAAGGGCUUCAUUCAGGGCUCAAGUACUCACUUUCCUCCUGUAGGGUAGUCAAGACUACUCUGACUUCAGAUACAGGGUCUCUUUUCUGGGCACCAGAGAGCUAGGACCUGGGGUGAGCAACUUCUCCUUUGCUGUAUUGUAAAGAACUCAAUCAACAGUUGUGAAAUUUGGCCGAGGCAGCAGUCCAUCUGCCUGUGUGCACAGCAUGUUGUUAAAUUGUCCCUGCUGGUCGCUGUUGGCGCUUGCUGACAGUGUACGCUCUGUGGGACAGGCCCUUGCAGCUCUCAGAGUUUUCCUGCCAUGCCUGUAGGUGCAGAACAAAACUGCCGAAGACUUGGAAAGCAGAAGGUAACAUUUCCAUUCCCGUAUCGGUCAUAGUUAUGUCAGUCCUCAACAUGUAAGUAGAAAAUCAAAACUUAAGAAGCCAGGGGCCAUUGUAUUCCUGCCCGUCAUAGCCAUGGCCUUAGAAAACAGUAUCAUUACUAUGGGGUCUGAUGGCUGCUUCUUCUGUAGUUCCCCAUUCAGUAGCUGUGCAGGACUUUUCCUCUCGAUAAGAAACGUCCCCUAGCGUGCAGGUGAAAGUUGGGAGAAACACAGGCAGGCAGAGGAGGGGAGGUUAGCUUUCAUUUCCUUUUCACAUGCUGCUUUGACUGUGCACCUACGAAAUGGGUUUCAGGGGAUAGAUCUCAGGAAGGGAGUUUGGGAGAUGCUGGGUCCUUUAGCCCCAGCACAAGACCACAGUGCAUAUCCAUUGAAGCAGGCACAAGAGCUCAGGAUGGUCACUGGCCAUGCUGGCCGUACUGGGCGCCAGCAGCAGACUUAGGUGCUUUGCGGUCUCCUGGAGUGUUAGUUCUCUAUGUAGUCCACUGUCCAGUGCAGUGUCCCGGUUGCACCAGUCAUUGGCCUGCAGCACACUGGGAGGGGCUUUGGAAGUGGUAGGGGUGUUGAUCACAGGCAGCCAUGGAACCAAAUCCAAACAAAAGUGUAUUUUAUUCUGUUUGUUUUUACAAAAAGGCAUACAGUGAGAUGAAGCACUCUUAUUAAGUUAACACACACAAGGCCCUCAGGUCUGUGUUUGUGAGCAAAGGUUAGUCUCCCCCAAAUGUAUGCAGAUGCUUGUGUGCAUAUUCUGCAUUCAAUUUACACCAUUUCUGGGAUA